AUGAAGAAACCACCAAGUCAACACCUCUGCUCCCAGAUUGGAAAGAGUUUUACCAAGUUAGGAAGCCUGAAAGCUCAUGAGAGAAUACACUCAGGGGAGAAGCCUUACCACUGCUACCAUUGUGGAACUAGGUUUACCAAGUUAGGAAGCCUGAAAAGACAUGAGAGGAUACACACCGAAGCGAAGCCUUUCCAUUGCACCCUGUGUGGAACGAGUUUUAACCUUUUAGGAAAUCUGAAAAGAAACGAGAGAAUGCAUACAGGGGAGAAGCCUUUCCAUUGCGCCCAGUGUGGAAAGCAUUUUAUCUUGUUAGGGAACCAGCAAUCUCAUGAGCGAAUACACACCGGGGAGAAGCCAUACCAUUGCGCCCAGUGUGGAAAUAGUUGUUGCGAAUUAGGACACCUGAAAGUGCAUGAGCGAAUCCACACAGGUGAGAAGCCUUACAAAUGCUCCCAGUGUGUAAAGAGAUUUAGCCACUUAGGAAACCUGAAUGAACACAUGAGACUGCACACAGGAGAGAAGCCUUACCACUGCAUCCAGUGUGGAAAUGGAUAUAGCCACUUAGGAAGCCUGAAAGCUCAUGAGCGAAUACACACAGGGGAGAAGCCUUACACAUGCUCAGACUGUGGGAAGACAUAUUACUCAUCCCAGUCACUUAAAAGGCAUGUAAUUACUUAUCCUAGUGUGUUCAUUUAUAUUUCACAUAACAUUAACUUACAAUUCAUCAGAGAACAUGCCCAGUUCUAUCAAUGUCUUAUAUUGUUGAAUGAGAAUGUGUUUACUUGUUUAUACCAUAUCAAAUUGAAUGGUACAAAGUAUACUCAUUAGAAGACAUGAAUUGAAUAUGGAGGCUGUCAGUUUUAAUAUAAAGUAGAUCAGGUUCCUUGUCUAAAUGGUCCUUUUUUAAACUCUAUGUUUGUGUUUAUCUGGGUGUGUCAUUCCAUGAAUAAAGUCCCUCCCAGGAACAGGAAACUAUAAAGAUAUGUGCUAAUCACUCAAUGCUUCAGGAAUUCAGACUGUCUACACUGCACUGUGUAACUCUGUUAUUCUCUCUGAGCUCAGAAAUAAAGAAUCUUGGUUUGACUUGGACUCCAGCAGAUCAUUAUUUUAUAAUAUCCACCACAACUCUCCCAAGGAUUGCUGUUAAGUAAUGUAAACAUAGCAAUAAUUACUAGGAAGCUCUACAUUGGUUUUAAAAUCACACUAAGAUUGUUAAAACCGGCCUCAGGUUGAGAGAUCUGAUUUAGGAUUUACCCUCGUAGCAAGGUUGUUUGAUCAUGUGGAGUUUUCAUUCGGGUCUCUAUUUAAAAAUAACACAGUAUAUU